UCUCAUCUGCUCUCGCGUUGUUACAGCACUGCUGUUCUAUGGUCAGUUCUGUUCUCUAUUCGCCUACUCGUAAUGCAACGGCCCUUGAUUUCACCUGAUCUCAGAUCAGUAUUCUCAUCCGCCCCCGGAAAUACUGUGUGUGGCGGUAAAGUCAAGUGUGACGCAGUAAGAAAAGGCAAAACAAUUCAAAAUAGAGGUGUUGGACAAUGAAACUGAAACGCCUGGUGACCAAAGGUUUGACUAUAGCAGCUCGGCCGUGUACAUUGACGCUGUGGAGCUCCCGACGGACAGUUUUGGUGGAAACAGGAGAGUUGAGACAGUUAAUAACCUCCGUUGUGGACUGGUGCAGUACAGCCAUGCCAUCUAACGUGGAGAUCAAGGCCAGAGUGAGUGAUUUUUCACAGUUUGCAGAGAAGGCAGCCGUGCUCAGCCAGUCAGAGUCUGUCCACAUCAGGCAGCACGACACCUUUUUCAACUGCAUCAACGGACGACUGAAGCUAAGAGACUUUAUGAAUGGAUCAGGUCAGCUAAUCUUCUAUGAGCGUCCAGAUACUGAUGGACCCAAACUGUCUAAUUACUCCAUCAGUCCAACCAACGACCCACAGAGUCUCAAGAAGGUGCUGUCAGAUGCACUUGGGGUCAAAGGUGAGGUGAGGAAAGACAGGCAGUUGUUUAUGAUUGGUCAGACCAGGGUGCACCUUGACACAGUGGGGGGGCUGGGACACUUUAUGGAGUUGGAGGGACAAACACACACACACACACACAAUGUCUUACUGGUGGCUGAGGAUCUGAUGCACCAGUUGGACGUGUCCCAGGAUAGUCUGGUAACGGGAGCCUACAUGGAUCUGAUCCUGAAGAAACAAACUGAGUCCUAGCACCAACCCUCACCAAAACUAAGGACAUGAGGGA